AUGAUUCAACUGAUUGGCUCAGCUUUUGAAUCAGUUUUCAAUUUUCUCAUCACAACACAAGACUGUGUCAUUGAUAUACCCGGAUUUUUGACGUCGAUGGAAAAAGAAAUUACCGAUUUUUUCGCUUACGCGCUUAGAACUAACCCAACCGUUAAUUUCAAGACAUAUUUGGAAUUGGAAUGCGUUUACAUUCAUUUGGUUCUGGAGGAUUUGAUGACAAUAUCUCAUACAACUAAGACUUAUAGACUGAUGAAUGAGAGUGAAAUUGUUGAAGUGUACGACAAAUUGCAGCAGGAUAUUUUAAGGGAAGAAACGGAAUUUUUCACACAUAAAAGGAAAAAUAUCCUUCCUACACAGAAAACAAAAUGGGUUGAGUUCACAAACUACAGAGCAAAACAGUUCGUGCCCACAAUUAUUUAUGUCGACCUUGAAUGCAUGUUGAAAAAAAUUGAUAAGAAAAUUAGUAGUAACUCUACGUUCAUACAAGAACACAUAGUAACUUCCUGGUGUUCUUACACAGUGAGCAUUUUCGAUGAUACGAAAAAACCUAUCACUUACAGAGGACCGGAGGCAAUCGAUAAAUUACUAGAUCAUAUUGAAGCUGAAGUGAAAGAAACAUCUCUUUAUUACCAAGUUAACGAACCAUACGCGUUGACAAAUGAGGAACGAGUCAUCUUGUUGGAGCAAGCCAAAUUCUGUCAUAUCUGCGAAAAAAUGUUUAAAUUCGGAGAAACCAAAUGUAUCGACCAUUCCCACUAUACAGGUGAAAUUAUAGGAGUAGCUCAUGUCCCUUGUAACCUGAAAAUGGCUCGACCUAAAAUUGUCCUUGUCUGUAUUCAUAAUUUAAUUUAUGACAGUCAUCCUGUCCUCAAAGGUCUCGCCAAAAAACAACGCAAAAUCAAUGUGAUACCGACAACCGAAGAGAAGUUCUUAUCCAUUAAUGUAUAUUUUGAAAACGGAUUCCAAUACAAAUUCAUAGAUUCUUUCAAAUUCUUGCAGUCAUCUUUGGAAAAAUUAGCUAGCAUGCUGGAAGAUGAAGAUUUGAUUCAUGUAAAAAAACAUUUGCCCAAAAAUCUACUACCUUACGUUAAAGGUAAGCAGUACUUCCCGUACGAAUGGUUGGAUUCUCUGGACAAGUACGAUAUCAGCGAGUUCCCGAAAAGAGAACAUUUUUAUAGUUGCUUGAAAUCACAAACGAUUACCGAAGAACAAUAUAAUUACGCUUUUGAGUUUUACAAGGCAGCCGGAUGUCGUAAUAUCGGAGAAUUUUCAGAUAUAUAUAAUUUGUUAGACACGCUUCUCCUGAGUGAUUUGUUCGAAAAUUUUCGGUAUAAACUGCACAAAGAGUUCCGUCUUGACGUGGCAAAUUAUUUGAGUCUUCCUCAUUUCAGUUAUGACGCUAUGUUGUAUGUGAGUCAAAUUAAAAUUGAAUUAAUGACUGAUAUAAACCAAAUCAAUUUUGUAUCACACGGGAUAAGAGGCGGUGUUGCUAAUUGCAUCAAGAAAUUUAGCGAAGCUAAAAAUAAAUAUUUGGGGGAUGACGUAGACCCCGCAGACUCCACGUUCAUAGCGCUUUUUGACGCGGUUUCACUCUACUCGUGGAGUUUACAAGAACCAGUGCCCACCGGCAACUUCAAAUUCUUAACUCAAAAAGAAAUCGAUGAUUUCGACAUCGAACAAACCGAGAUAAACAGUAGCGUAGGAUGGAUUUUAGCCGUAGAUCUAUCCUACCCUUCAACAAUCCAUGAAAAACAUCGAGACUUUCCCUUCUGUCCUGAGAACAUGAUACCUCCAAACGGAUACUCUAAACAACCAAAGUUAUUAUGCACACUAUACGACAAAAGUAAUUAUGUUAUUCAUUAUAGAUUGCUUAAAUUAGCCAUUAAGCAUGGUUUGGUAUUGAAAAAAAUCCAUUCUGCUAUGAGCUUUACACAAGCUAGAAUAAUAAAACCGUACAUUGACAAAACCAUAGCUCUCAGAAAAGCUGCAAAAAAUGAAUUCGAAUCAACAAUUUUUAAAUUUUGCAACAAUGCAAUUUAUGGUCGGUGUAUGAUGAACACUAAAAAGAGGAUUGAUUUGGAGUUAUGUACCACAACCGAACGUUUUCGUAAGCUAGCUUGUGAUAAUUUUUUUAAAAGAUCAACAGUUUACGACGAGAAUUUUGCGGCUGUGCACCGUAUUAAGAAAUAUAUCAAACACAACACACCAAUCCAUAUAGCUCAAACUAUUUUAGACGUUUCUAAAUGUAAACUGUACGAAUUCCAUUACGAUAUAUUACAGGCAAAGUUUAAGGAUUCAUUCAACCUACUUUUACAGGAUACCGAUUCCGAGAUGAUUGAGUGUCGGGACGAUGUUUACAAAUUCAUAGGAAAUAAUAUGGAAUAUUUUGACACUUCAGGGUAUCCAAAAAAUCAUGAAUUGUACUCGGAAAAAAACAAGAAAGUCCCAGGAGUUUUCACUGAAGAAUUUAACGGACAACCGAUCAGACUUAUGGUUGGAUUGAGAGCCAAAAUGUAUUGUUUGAAGUUAUUCAAUGAUUAUGAGAAGAAACGAGCGAAGGGUGUUAAAAGAGCAAUACUACAACACGAAAUUACGAUGGACGACUACUUGACAUGUCUUUUACAGAAAAAGGAAUUUUACCACUAUCAAUUCAAUAUCCUCAGUCGGAAUCACAUUCUCUACACUCAAAAAUCGAGGAAAAAAACAUUGUCAUCCUACGACGACAAACGCAUCGCUGUUAAUUCGCAUGAAACAAUUCCUUACGGCUAUUUUUAUUAUGAAAAUCAUAAACUUCUCCUCCAGAAAGUACACAAAGAGCUAGUCGAUCGCUUUAAGGAAUAAAUCUGACGGGCAGUCCUGAGAGUCCUUCUGAUUCUGAUAUUUUCUUAAGAAAAAAAAUCCUAUAAAAUGAGCUAUCAGAGCGAUUUUUUCCUUAGAAUAAAGUGAAAUACUUUAUCGUAAAUUUGUUGAAAAAAAAGUGCGGGAUAA